AUGCCGCCUCCGUCAACCGACGAUAUAGAGAUCACCAACUACGAUGUACUAGCUGAUGAAGUCUCUAAUCCUAUAUCAUCAGGCGAGAGUGAAGUUGGAUUGAGCUUGGCGGCUCACAGCUACCAUGUGGGCAACAAUCGAUUGGAGGUUCUGUGCAAUAUUCAGGCACAGACCUUUAACGACCUUCUGGCCAAAAAAGAUGAGUCCGGCAGUUCUGCCCUUGUGGAGAGGAUUAUGAAUAUUGUGCAGAAUCAGUGUGUCCCCAAAGGAAGAUUUCUAGAGCGAAGCACGAAGGGAGAAUGGAAGGAAGUGGAAACAGAGAAGGCACGACUCCUCGUCCGUCAGGCUUUAGAAAACCAGGGCACCGCUACGACCACCACAAGACCCGGAGCAGCGAAGAAGGAGGAAGAGGCAGAAGCAGCAGAGAUUCAACAAAAGAAGAAAGAAUCAGAUGCGGAGAAGAAACGUAGACGAAGGAGCUCGUUGCUGCGACGUUCUGUAUCGUCCAGUAUGCUGCCCAACUUUGGAGACCUAGGCAUGGCCGGUUUGGGCGGGAAACCCUUUGACGACAAGAAGAAGUCAACGCGCAGGGAGAUUUCCCCUCAACCUUCUCCUGCUAAUUCACGUGCUUCAUCUCCGGUUCCACCCGCCGACAGAUCUGGCCCUAGGCCUGCUUUUGGACGCUCUCAGUCCGUAGACAUGGGACAGGCCAUCAGAGCUAAAAGGGACAGGAGGUUGGCCGUGUCAAAUGCCCUAGAAGCAAAUCCCCUUUUGGUGUCGGAACCUAUGAAAAUGGAUGUGCUGCUCAAUACGGCAAAAACUGCACUUCUCCCAGGUACUGAUUUGCACGGAAACAAUCGUUUACGGGUGAUGGUGCAGAUUCAGACAGGUGGUUACCAAGGAGCAGAUGAGGAAACACAAACGAAAAUGGCGGAAUCCUUGUUGAACACUAUCGAGAGCUUUUGGGGUGGCAGGAUUCUCUCAAAAGUCCCUUCCAGGAAUAAAUCCGCUGGUGAUUCCUUCCUCAAACUUGACAAAGACCACUCCAUUAGCGCCAUGAAAAACUUGUUGAGUGGCAAGGCAGCGGAACAAGAAGAAGAGGCGACAAUCGGAGAAGCCCCUGACCCAAAAAUCAAGCAAGGACGCCGCGCUUCGCUCAAAGCAAUUCAAAGUAUUGCAUCAUCGGGGGCAACAGGGAGCUCGGCAUCCAUUCUUCCUAGUAGCCUUCCGGCGUUGCCAGCUGAUAUGCAGCAUUUAAGGUCUGCAGCAGUGAAGAGUCUUCAAAAACGAAAGCAAAGGCAGGGUCUGAAUAGUCGCAUCCGUGGAUUGACUGCAGACAAGGCGGCGGUCUUCCAAGACGGUAGCAGCAAUGCAUCUGUGAUGUCGUCCUCGGUUGCGCCUGGGAAAACCUCGCCAAUCCCUACAAAACUGGGUUCUCCCGUGCCUUCGGCGUCGAAGGUUAUCAGCAAUAUGCCCUCUCACGCAAUGCCACAUAUACAGCAAUACCGACAAACGAGUAGUGGCGCGUCUGUGGCGAGUACUGCAAGCCAGAUGAGUACAGCAAAUUCAUACUAUCCCCCGCCUGGCAACUUCCAGCGACAGGGGAGUAUUAGUAAUGCAUCCGUUGGCGGAAUGUCGACUGGGAGUUCGAACACACAAAUGACGAUGAACACAAUGAAUGCGGCAAGAACCAUGGCGGCUAUCAAUUUAGGAGGCCGACAGAAUCAGAUGAUGCACCCUGGCAUGAUGCAACCCUCUGGCAUGGGUGGCCCGAUGUUGGGCUCUGAGCUCCAGAUUCCCGCAACCGUCAUGAACGCACAACAACAACAGCACAUGGCCGCACAACAACAGCAAAUGGCCGCACAAUUUCAACAAAUGGCACCACAGCAGAUGAUGCCACAGAUGCCCGCUUACCAGCAACGUGCGUCUGUUGUGAUGUCAUGUGUUCCGGAAGAGGUGUUCAACGCUGCGGCUGCCGCACCCUAUUCACCACCACCUCUGACAGCAGACCAGCUUUCCCAACUUAACCAGGGGUUGUCGCCUGAUCCAUAUGAUGGGGGUAUCCAGGGAGUAAGGGCAGGUCCCCAAGAUCGCACCAGUUUGUUGAAUUCUACUGGUAGCGAUGGAUUGCCCAAGUUUGCACAAGGAGAGAUGGAAUUGCUCAUCAAAGGGCUGGAAAUGCAAGAGAAUCAAGCACAGCAUCCAGGUCAGGGGCAUUGA